AUGCAUCCUCAGCAGCUGGUCAUCGCCUGGUUUUCCCUGGUUUUGCUGGCACCUCCCCUCAUGGCCAUAUGGGAACUGGAGAAAAACGUUUAUGUUGUAGAGUUGGACUGGCACCCUGAUGCCCCCGGAGAAAUGGUGGUCCUCACCUGCAAUACUCCUGAAGAAGAUGACAUCACCUGGACCUCUGACCAGAGCAGUGAAGUCCUAGGCUCUGGUAAAACUCUGACCAUCCAAGUCAAAGAAUUUGCAGAUGCUGGCCAGUAUACCUGUCAUAAAGGAGGCGAGGUUCUGAGCCAUUCGUUCCUCCUCAUACACAAAAAGGAAGAUGGAAUUUGGUCCACUGAUAUCUUAAGGGAACAGAAAGAAUCCAAAAAUAAGAUCUUUCUAAAAUGUGAGGCAAAGAAUUAUUCUGGACGUUUCACCUGCUGGUGGCUGACAGCAAUCAGUACCGAUUUGAAAUUCACUGUCAAAAGCAGCAGAGGCUCCUCUGACCCCCAAGGGGUGACUUGUGGAGCAGCGACACUCUCAGCAGAGAAGGUCAGAGUGGACAACAGGGAUUAUAAGAAGUACACAGUGGAGUGUCAGGAGGGCAGUGCCUGCCCGGCUGCCGAGGAGAGCCUACCCAUUGAAGUCGUGGUGGACGCUAUUCACAAGCUCAAGUACGAAAACUACACCAGCAGCUUCUUCAUCAGGGACAUCAUCAAACCGGACCCGCCCAAGAACCUGCAACUGAAGCCAUUAAAAAAUUCUCGGCAUGUGGAAGUGAGCUGGGAAUACCCUGACACCUGGAGCACCCCACAUUCCUACUUCUCCUUAACAUUUGGCAUACAGGUCCAGGGCAAGAACAACAGAGAAAAGAAAGAUAGACUCUCCGUGGACAAGACCUCAGCCAAGGUCGUGUGCCACAAGGAUGCCAAGAUCCGCGUGCAAGCCAGAGACCGCUACUAUAGCUCAUCCUGGAGCAACUGGGCAUCCGUGUCCUGCAGUUAGGU